AUUGCUCUGUUGUGACAGUUUCGACUGAAAAUGUUUGACAAAUCAUCAUUGACAGCAGUCAGAACUCGACAAAGGUCAUUGUGGAUUUUAUGGGAAAGGUAAAUUGCAUUGUAAUUGAGAUUCGAGAAUCUCUUAACAAAGUGUUACUGGGGAAUUUGAGAUUAGACGAGGCCUGCAUCACCAGGUAAUGUGAAGAAGUGUAAACAACAGAGUAGGAAAAAUAAGCAGAAACAACAUAAUGGAAAUGGAUGAAGAUGAUGCUACUUCAGCUAUGGAGCUAGAGCAAUCACUUCUUCAACAAUUCAGUUGUUUGGGAACUACAGAUCGUGACGAGCUAAUUUACCAGUUACAACGACUUUUAGAUAAGAAUAUCAACUAUUCGACCGCAUCAUUCUUUUUAGAUAUGAAUAAUUGGAAUCUGCAGGGUGCCAUAUGUUCCUACCUCGACUCAGAGUCACAAUGUCCUCUACCAAGUAUGAUUCUGAUUAGUGAACCAGAGGCUAGCAAUAGAAAAUUAUUAGAACCCCGCACAAAGUUCGAGCAAGCUUGGACAAUCAGCAACAAUGGAUCAGAGCAAUGGCCGCUAGGUUGCUACGCUGAGCAGUGUCCACCACCUUGUGGUCUAAAUCAUCCAGGAAGAAUUCAGGUACCCUGCUUGUCUCCUGGCAUGAGUUACCGUUUGGUGGUCGAAUUUGAAGCACCAGACAUACCCGCCAUUUAUCAGUCCAAAUGGAGAUUAUGCAUACAUGAUGGCACAUAUUUUGGGGAAAAUAUGUGGGUUAUUAUUGAGGUGGCAGAAGAGCGGGCUUCGAGACUGGCCAAAGAAUUGGAGGCGUUCACGUCCUUGGGGAACAGAAUAGUGGAUCCUUCAGAGUGUCCGAAUCCUUUUGCUUCGAACAACCAACAGGAACUGUGAUUCAUGAGUGACCAUAUUGUUAUAGGACAUAUGGACAUUUAUUAUUGAGCAAUGUACAAAUUGACUUAUAAAAACUAUUUUUUUGGUAGGUUGUAAUGAAAAGAGUAUAUAUGUAAAUAUAUUAAUAUAAUUUUGUAA